AGUAUAGUUUGCUAGGUUGCUUGGUGACAAUAUUCUGAUAAAUUUUUCUUGGAAUUGAUUUGAGAAAAGAAGGUUUUAUUUUAAUCUGUAUAAAUACAUGAUGAAUAAUCAUGCCGAUGUGGAUCAAUUGGCUGACGCUGAAUUACAACGUUUACAUAGGCAGUUGCGCUCUUUGCAAUUGGAACUUCGCAGCUUAUUGGAUAAUAAAACUAAACAAUUAAAAAAACAAAAUCAAAUAAUAACAGUUUUACAAUUAGAACAUCAGACGCUAAAAUGUGAAAUAAAUACUUUGGAAAGAGGUGUUCAUGCUAAAAGGAAUUCAUUGAAAAAGAAUUAUUUAAUUAAUCUGCAACAACAAUUUAUUGACAUUCAACGGAUAUCGCAAACUGAACGUACAAGUUUGUGGGAGCUAGAGGGACACAUUAAAAAGAUUGAAAAGGAAAUUGAUAUAUUACGCAAACUGGAAGUGCCCGAUAGCUGUUAUAAGGAUACGAUACAUAAGGUACAAAAAAGUGUAGUGAAAUUGGAAAAUCGCUUGGACGUGGUUAAUAAGAAAUGUAGUGACGUGUUAACCGAAAACAGCAAAUUACGUCAUUCCAUUGAUCAUAUGUUACAAGACCGAGCCAAUUUCAAUGAAAUGUGGCAAUCAAUGGUGACACAAUUUAAUGAUGGUAAAAAAUACAUUAUGGAACUAAUAGAUCAGUCCACUUUAGCUUACGAUCAAAGGGAGGAAUUGUAUAAUAAAUUACAAGUUCUAAAAGAUCGAAAUGAAAACGACAAAAUAAUGCAUAUUCAGGAAAUGCGCGAAAUGCAACGGCGCCUCGAGCAUGAUGCUAAAUUGCAAAAGUUUUAUGACAUUAAGUGUAAAAAGCGUUUAAAUCUUGAGAUGGAACAUCGAGAAAUGGACAAAAAGUUGGCCAAAAAAGAAGCUUUUGAAAAGCAAUUAAAUGAAUAUAAUGAAAUAAUUGAUAAAAUGAAGAAACUAUACGAGGAACCAGAUACUUCACGUUUAAUAGCACAAUUUAGACGUCAAGAAGAUGAAAAUUUUGCCCUUUUCAAUUAUGUGAACGAGCUAAGCCACGAAGUGGAGGUUUUAAAUGAUGUCACACAAGAGUUAAAUGAUGAAAUUGAACGUCAACAGGCUGAAUUGUUGGAGAAAGAACUGAAACAAAAAACGGAAGCUUUGGAUUAUUUAACUGAAGAAUUACAAAAUGCUGAAAUAUCUAACAAUGAGGCUAAGCAUAAAUUGGACAGUUUAGAUACGCGCUUGCAAUUGCUAUUAAGUGGAAUUGGUGAUAUUUUCAAGGAACUGUCUGGCGAGGAUGCUCCCAUAUUGAAUGUGUUAAGCUUCAAUACUCUUCUAACGGCUCAUAAUGUUAAAUUAUUUAUAGGAGUCAUCGAGAGACGUACAAAUAUAUGCAUUUCGAAUAUUAAUAUAGAGGAGGAUUUGUCCAAUAAAAUAUUGGCUAAAAAAGAUAGAAUACCGAAAUUUAAUGUUAAAGAUAACGUUAAACAAAGAUAUUAAAGUGCAUUUCAAAGUAUUUAUUCAUUUUCUCUUUUAUCCAUUUAUUCCUUGCUUUAAAGUAUUUUUCUUUACUUGAAU